UAGGUGCGGCGCGGGUUAGAAAACUAAGUGGAGUUAACAAUGUUUACAAACGCUGUUUCGUUGACAACAAGCCGCUGCGAAGACGAAGUCGAUUAAAGCAAGACAGAUAUGACGGCAGUGGCAGUUGCCCCUGAUGUUGGGGAUUUUCCCAAAGUUCCUGACCCCACCCCUAUGCCUGCAGACACAGCAUCAAAUAGUCCAGCACUGAGAAAAGAAAAGGGUGUCGUCUCCAAACAAGAAAAUGGAGGAAGUCCUCUCCCAGACUUGCGAUCCAGUGAUAAUUAUGUCGACAGAAGCAAACCAUUGCCAACCUCCCUGCAGAGUGAUUUUAUUCCAGAAGACAUCUUGAAUGCACUUACACAACUCCCUAAACCAGUCAGCAAAGAUAAGCUUAAAGCUCCCGGAAAGGCCAAAUCCAGUUUUCCUACAGAUCAAAAGGCCAUUAAGAGUGGACCACCUGCCAACGUAUGGAACUUUCCAAGCAGGAGAAGGAAAUUCCAACAUUUGACAGAUCAACCUGUUUCUGUAACGGGAGCAGGAAGAGACAUAUCUUUCCUCUACGAUGUUGCUCUUAACGGAUCCAAUGACCCGAAGCCGUUAGCAAAUGACCCAAGUGGAAAACGUGCUAUUGAGAAACAGUCGCAGAGUCAUGGCAAUAAGGGUAUGGCUGUUCCUAACACACUGGUCCCAUCUGAAUAUCAUGUUGUUAAAGCAAAGGGUGUCCAGCAUUUAGAAUUCCAAGAAGAGAAAUUUAGUACACACCUGAAGAAUGAGGAUGAGGCUCCAGUUGUGUUUCCAUCACUUAAACCAACAAGCCGAUAUGAAGUGAUGCAGCUGAAGGAAUCUCUUCAAGCCAUGCUGAACAAGGCUGGAGUCAACGAUGAGGGAGUAGAGGUCAAAGGUCCCACACAGAUGCAUAACCUCCUAGAACUGGUGAAAAAGGAGCAGAAUAUCUACAACAUCAUUUUUCAUGAGCUCAUCAGACAGGUGAGUGUGGAAUGUAUUGAGAGAGGUGAACUAUUAUCAUCAGUCAGAGAACUCUACAAUAAACUCCUUGAUAAAGUUCCUCGCCAGAUCAAAAGUUUGCACCAGGAAGUAAUGGCCCAGAGAGCUCUUGACAGAAGGCUAACAGAAGAACUGUUCAGAUUCAAGUCAACUAUCUCAGAUCUCACAAAUGAGCUAUCUGAUGUCAGGGAGCAUGACAAGGUUGUAACUGGACAGGCCCAGCAAGCACAAGAACAGCUUGCAGCAGCUCUUGCUGAAUCAGAGAAAAGUGCCAGUCUGCUUGGAGAGUAUCAUGAGCUCUAUGAGCUUCAGAGGAGGAGACUUGAGAAGCAGGUGUUUCAUCUAACCUCUGAGAGAGAUCUAUGGAGUAACGCUGCAUACUCUCUAGCGUUGAAGGUCACUGAAGCCAACUCCUUGACCACUGCAAGAAGAUUGCAUGUCUGUGAGAAGGCCUGGUCAAAACUGACCCAUCACUUUACGAUAGUACUGAGUGACAGAGACACAGUUCAACUCUCACAGCUACAGGUUCUGGUAGAGCGCCAUCGCUUGUUGAUGAUAGAUUUCAGCAAAGAACUCAAACAAGAAGAUAUCACAUCUAGGGAGCGGCUUGCAUUGAUCCGAUCAGGGAUCAAGAAAUGGAUGGAUCUCUUUUACGGUACAGUUGUCGGGCAACUUGAAGCCAGCAUCGUGGAGUCAGACUUUAUGUCUGGGCGUCAAUCAUCCAGAGCGAGUGAUAAGAUUAACACCAUCCUUCAAGCUCCUAGCAGAGAGAUGAUCCAAGCUUUAUAUGAGGACAUCCGUCUAUGGGAAGAGAACCUGAACAAGGAAGUAGAGAAGUUUGGUGGAGAUAUUCUCCUGGGACACGAGGAGAGUCUCUAUGAAAUCAAGAAGCAGACCGAUCAAUGGACAGAGACGGCCCUCCAGAUCUUCAGUCGGCACAUGCCUACCGAUGGUUCUGAGUACCCUGACCAUGACAAGCUGGUGGAAAUGAACAUGACAACUGAGCGCUUGAAAGAGGUGUGUGAGGCUAUGUGUAAGCAGCUUCACAUAAGAGUGAAUGGAGAAAAUGGCACUGCUAAAGGAUUCAUUCAAAUCACCAAUGCCCUUGAGAGUUGGGACACCAAACUGAACAGUAUCCUGAAUGGGGGUGCUAUGCCGAUGGAAGCAGAAUGGCUGCGGCUUUAUGAACUCUUCUCUGAUUGGAUAACUACCAUCAAUGAUGUCGAGAAAAGUAUUGGCUCCGAGCAGUCGGAGGAUGACAAGGCUGAAGGCAAACCUUUCAAUCCGAUGAUACAGGAGGAUGUAUUUAGACUUGCUCAGAAGUGGGUGGCAGCAACGAUCAAUGGAAUUGAUAGUCAGGAUUCUAAACUCCUUGAACAGGUGUCUGUCCUGCAUGCGGACAUGGUUCACUGGAUGAUCCAGGUCUUACUACGUCUAGCUCCCAACCCUCCAGAGAGUCCACAGGAAGUGAUCGAUGCCUGUAUGGCCAGCGCUUGGAGUCUUACUAAGAUACAGGAGAAGGCUGUGGGGCUAUUCGAUCGAAUUACAGCAUUCUCAAACUACAUUUCAAGCUGUUGUUCGAGCAUAGUAUCGACCGAGAUGCAGAAGAAGAUUGAUGACGGGGAACCGAAUGCGGACCAGGAAUACCGUGACCUGAAGAAGAUUAAAUCUGAAUGUGGCGAAUGGAUCCACAUGGCAACCAUCUUGAUGGAUGAGCUUCGAAGCGUUGAGAUGGCUCGGCUUGGGGGCGAGGACCUACCGACUCCACUCCAUGUCCCUGAUGGGAUGCAGGGCUCUGAUCCUAGGGAGGAUAGCCAGACAGCACCCUUUACUCCAGGCAUGCCAGACAGAGGAGAGCUUGUUGGAACAGAAACCCCCACGACAAUGGUAGACAGGCCGCCUGGCACAGCUGACACCCAACGUCUGGAUACACCUAAAUCAGGUGCCCCAUCCACGGCCCCUGUAGCUGCCCCAUUGGCUGCCCCUGCCCCUAGACCAGCGACAGGAAACCAGCUCAUGACUCCAUCAACAGCCAAUAGCCAGCGUUCUGUCUUGCCCGGCUCCACCCCAGGUGCAGAUGACCUUGUUAAUAUGAAUGAGAUGCAAGUAUUGGGAUUUGAUCAGAACGUCUGGACUCAGAGUCUAGAGGAGAACAAAGACCAACCCCCUCAGUCGGCCCCUAAAGAAGCAACCCCUGCCAAGCUGUUGGAUUCUGCCUCUAAGACGCCAGAUACAUCUAAAGCUUAUGAGGCGCUGACAGCCGUCAAGAGCCUUCAACAACAGCUACUUGCAACUGAAGAGAGAGCGCAGACAGCAGAAGAGCGAGUCCAAGAACUUGAAGAACAGCUUAAGACAAUCCAGGAACAUGCGCGUGCCCUGGAGCGAAAGAGCGCCACUCCGGCCGUUCCAAUUGCGACUCCCGGCCCUGUGGUAGGGGCAUCGACCGAGCCCCCUAAGACGGCCCCAGAGGCGCCCAUCACCGAGGAAGCAACCACCACUGCCCCAGGUUCCACCAUGAUGUCCCCAUCGGAAACCCCGCUGACUACCUUCACCAAGGAUACCAUGGGGGCACAGUCAACACCCCCUAUGAGGCCUGGGGUAGCGGGCGUUGGCCCCCUCCCCACCCCUACAAUCACCCCAUCACCCCCACCAACUCCUGGGAGGAAGACGUCGAGCUCAAACGCCUCUUUGUCUCGCCCGACGUCCAGAACAUCCAUUGGUUCAAGAGGCUCUGCUAAGUCCAGGAAAAAGUGAAGAAAUCUAUCAUCUGAUAAUCGAGAUAAAUCUUCAAAGCAAAUAAAGGUUAUGUGACUAUCCUAGAGUCAAGGUCUUCUGAUUCAUGAAGCAGGGUUGUAUAUUCACAUCUUUUGCUCAUAGAAUCCCAGAUACUGUGUAAAAUUUUAUUUUCACUUAAUCUGAUAAAUAGGUUAUUUUUUUCCUCAAGAAUUGGGAAUGGCUCUUUGAUCUUGGACUAUUUCACCAUUCAACUUUCACACUGCAGCAUAGAUUGUUACUAAUGUGUGUAGGUCUUUAUUAUUUUCCAGAAUUUUUUACAAGAAAGUUCUCCAGAAAGAAGGUAAUCAUGUAGAUUUAUCACACCCCAUACAUAUCUAUUUGAUGUAUGUAAAGCUAAAGCCUGAACAAAAAAAUAGAGAAAUACAAAUAAAAAUUUUCCAUUUUCUAUCUUUCAGAGUUGAAUAUUGUGUGAAUUGUAUUGCAAAAUUUUGACUGAAAUAAUUUGUAACAUGUGAUAUGCUAUGCCUAUAUUACACUUGGCAUGCAAAGUAGUAUCUACAAAUAUAUUGUAUUACCAUUGUUUGUAUAGACACUGUAUGUAAGUGAAUACUUGUCAUUUAAAUGCCAUUAUCAUGAUUAAACAAAAACUAGAUAGAUGGCACUAUAUAAAUGCCUGUUAUUAUUAGUGUCAUAUUAUUAUUACUGUCAGGCAGUUAACCAUGUUUGGCUCUUGAGAAUAUCUUGUUUUAUAUUCAUAUGCAGUAAACAUUCCACUCUGUCUUAUGGCUAAAUCUACCGAUCUGUAUUGUAAAAUAACAGAACUAGGUAUCAUAUUACCAAUAUUUGAAUGAAGUUUUUUGGUGAUCAGCAGAUCCUAUUUUGGGGUUUGUAAAUGUCUGAAUCUAUAAGCAUAAUUAACAUAAUUCUUGUGAAAAUUUUAACUAGUGUACAGUAAAGGUUAAACUAUCUAGCUUUGAGUAGACUUUCUGGCACAGAGAAUUUAUUGCAAAAGAUGUUGAAGAGUAAUUACAUCCCCCCCUCUUCAACUUUUGUUUUUAAAUUCAAAUCAUAUUCUUUAAGAAUAAAAUUUCAAGCAGUUUAUGAGACAUAGAGUUUUUAAUUUGAAAAUGGUUGAAGGUUCUCCUAUGCAAUGUUAUUCUCUAUGCAAAUAUGUUUAUUGUGCCUAACGUGUAUAGAGAUGCAUGAUGUCAUGAACCAUGUACAUAUGUACUCAAAUCUUUUGACUUAUACAUACAUUGUAUAUAGUUGUCCAAUUAUUCAAAUAUUAGAGAUACCAUUUCAAUGAAUUCAGUCUGGUGGCAUACAUACUGUAUGUUUGAAAAUGUCACUAAUAGAGUAACAUUCCAUGAUAAUUUGUUCAUGUAUAAAUACUAUACUAGGUACACUAUCGAACAACAUAUACAUGUAUAUAUUUUUCUCUUAAUUCAUAUUGCAAUAGGAGAUUAAGUUCUUAAUUAUAUGCCUUAAUUGCUGAUAUACACAGAUAACAUUUUGUAGAAUAAUUUUGUGCCUAUUGCAUUCAUGUAUUUCUAUGAUUAUUUAUAUUUCAAUCUCUUUCUUCCUGUAAUAUAUACCAAUUAUUCUUCCUCUUUAUUUGUAUAAAUACAAAAUGUGUCUGUCCUCUGAUUGCAGCUGUAAAUUCACUAAGCCUUGAGCAGUAAUCUGACUUUGUAGGAUAUAAACGGUAUAAACUGCAUAUCAUAAACAUGAUCAACUGCCUAUACUGAACAUAUAUUCAGGGAUGUCAGUUUUCAGGCAAAGGCCUGAAAUCAGGCUCUGGCAUUUUAUUUUCAGGCCAUAGUUUUAGCAUUUUUGUGUACAAAAUAUUGUCUUCUAGGUAAUUUUCAGGCCCUCUGAUCAAUUCCAACUGGCAUCCCUAUAUAUUAAAGAUUGCUGAAAGAGCAAAAAGCAAAUGAAAGUUUGAUGAUUUGUGGCUCUAUGUUGAUAUUCCACAUAUGUUAUAUUUACUAUAUUUUGAAUAUUUUGUGCAACAUAUAGGAUAGUAUAUUGUAAAUAUAUCUACCUCUAUCUAUCUUGUAAUCUGUAUGUAUUUCUAAUUGUAUUUUCUUAUAUUCUGGAAGCACUUUGCUGUACUAGUAACAUGCAGUAGGAGCUAGAGUAUAUGAAUGCUUCUAGCAUGUACUGUAGUGUAGAGAUAUUGUGAAACAUACGAGACAGUGAAAAAAAUGUCCAUGUCAUGGAUAUCCAGAUUUUGAAAAUUACAAAAGAAUAUUCUUAAGCCUCGAUGUUCAUUUCGGAAUUAUGAUAAGAACUGAUUGAAAGAAGAGAACAUAACAUAUAUAUUACUCCUGUGAAAACUAUUAAUGAGAGUAUGAAGGAGUAAAAUAUUUGAGAUAAUUUUGAUGCAGUUAUACAGAACAAAUUUAUAGAUUGUGUGUCAUAGUGACACUUUCAAACAAAACGAAGGGUGUGUUUUUGCUUCCACUUUUCAGAAUCAGCGUUUUCAUACGUGAUCAGUCCAAAACACGGUUGUGUCCAUGCUUACUUUUAUUUAAACGACGUUUCAGAACGCCGAUCAUAAACUUAUGAAAAGAUGCGUUUCUAAACGUUGUUUGACCAGAAUCAGGGAUUCUGGGGAAGUAUAAACAGAACCACGAUCGUGAACGUGUUUAGUCACUUGAUACAUAUAUGUAUACUUAUAUAUUUCAUUAUGUCUUACUAUUAUCCUCACCAUGAUAGAAAUUUUACGGCUAUGUCAAGUAGCUCCAUGUUAUGAAAAGAUCAGAAAUUAUUCAAUAAUAGUCGACCAUAACAACACUCGAAAAAAGAACUUUCCAAAGGAGGGCGCGCCCAAUUUGACCUCACUUUCCUGCUCAAUGAAAAUUACGAUGCAAAGCAAGCUGCAGAUUGCAAUUUCGCCUCUGAAAAAUUAAGCAUAAACAGCAUCUCCAGAACCAUGUUUGCGAUCAGCAUUCUGUAACGUUUGAAAACGCUGAUCCUGUCUCCGCAAUGGAAGCAUUAACAUACCCUAAGUAUUUACUGGUCUGGUGCAGACUUACAAUGUACAAGCUGGUAUAUAGGUACUGUUUUGUACAGGUUCCAUGAUGAGCUACUUUCAAUCCUUGAUAUCAGUUGUAUAACUUUUGCAACAUCUUUUACCAGUUGACUUGUGAAUAUUUCAUGUAUAUAUGUGUAUAGAUUACUGAUUGCCAUGUCCGUCCUAGCAUUAUUUCUAUUUUCCAUAUUUACCCGUUUUACAGAGAUCAACUAUAUGUAUAUUAUGUAUUUAUUUGCUUCUAUUCUUGAAGAAUAAAAAGAAGUG